UGAUAAUAAUUUGGUAUGGCUACUGGUAAUAACAUUUCGAAACAAUGGAAGAAGAUAACAGUGUUGAGCAUUGAUGGAGGUGGGAUCAGAGGCAUCAUUCCUGCUACCAUUCUUGCUUCUCUUGAAUCCAAGCUUCAGGAUUUGGAUGGACCAGAUGCGAGAAUUGCAGAUUAUUUUGAUGUAAUUGCAGGGACAAGUACUGGUGGGCUGGUAACCACCAUGCUCACAGCUCCAAACAAGGACAAAAGACCUAUGUUCCAAGCAAAAGACAUCAAGAACUUCUAUUUAGAACACUGUCCCAAGAUUUUCCCACAGAAAAGUCGAAAUAACUUCAUUAGCUCGAUAACAAAUUUCUUUGGUGCGGUUAUGGGACCAAAGUACGAUGGAAAAUACCUGAAAGGACUGACAAAUGAGCUGCUAGGGGACUUGACCAUAAAAGAGACUUUGGCAGAUGUGAUUAUACCUGCUUUUGAUAUCAAACUUCUUCAGCCAGUCAUCUUCUCAACUGAUGAUGCGAAAGUUGAUGCUCUGAGAAAUGCUAGACUAGCUGAUAUCUGCAUCAGCACCUCUGCAGCUCCAACUUUCUUUCCAGCACAUUCCUUUACCAUCAAGGAUGAUCAAAGGACUCGCACUUUUGAACUCAUUGAUGGUGGGGUUGCAGCCAAUAAUCCUACAUUACUAGCAAUAAGCCACAUCCAGAAGGAGAUCUUAAUGGAGAACCCUUUGUUCAGUGAUGCAAAGCUGACGGAGAGCAAGAGCAUGCUAGUGCUAUCACUUGGAACUGGUGCAUCCAAGUUUGAAGAAAAAUACAAUGCAGCCACUGCAUCUAAAUGGGGUUUGAUCAAUUGGGUCUUUGACAAUGGCAAGACACCACUACUUGACAUUUUUUCUGAUGCUAGCUCAGAUUUGGUCGACUUCCAUGUCACCGCCCUUUUUCAGUCCCUCCAUUCCAAGGAUUAUUACCUCCGUAUUCAGGAUGAUGCGCUGAUAGGUGAUGCAUCAUCGGUUGAUGUCGCCACCAAAGAGAAUUUGCAAAGACUUGCGGAUAUUGGAAGUGAGCUCCUGAAGAAGACGGUGUCAAGGGUGAAUUUGGACAAUGGCAGGUUUAAAAAUAUUCCAGGGGCCCCUACUAACGAAGCUGCUCUAGCUAACUUUGCAAAGCUUCUCUCAGAGGAACGAAAGCACCGACAUGAUACACCAUCAACUGAAAGUUAGCAUCGGUUGAAAUAAAUAACUAUUUUCCAAAUAAUAAUAAUAAUAAUAAUAACGACGAAGAACGUCAUUAUGUAAGCUUAAAGAUAAAUUUAAUUAGCCUCAUGACUUAUGAAUACGCAGAUAAAUCU